AUGGAGCCAAGGCUGAGAUGCAUUCAGGUGCUUCACUUGGCUGACCACAGCCCUCUCACCACUCGCUCAGAGAUGGCUGCGCAAGGCAUUCGUACAAGUCCGUAUCGCGAUGGAAUGUGCCAUGGGGCAACGGGCGUCGCAAUUGGCAGGGUAAUCAAGGCGAUUAUGUAUCCUACCCCUACCCCAGAGUUAUUUCUAAACCUGAACAGACGGGAGGAAAAACGAAACAUAUAUUGUCCCUUCAUCAUGAAACCUUCCCGUACUCCAACACCCGCACCCAAGACAGCCGUUCAAUCAGAUGAACAGGUAGCAUAUCUCACAAUUAAGCAUCGCUAG